AAUUAUUAUUAUUUCCGAAGCUAAGCUAACAAUUUUCGGAUUUCCGGAAACUUUCCAAGGAAAUAUUCGUACCAUGUUCCCCCGUUUCGAAAGUUCCGAAAUAUUUGUAAGAUUGUCCACUUUUUCCGGAAAUUCCAUUUGUCACUUGGAAUUUCAAGAAAUUCAAACAAGAAGUUUUGGCCGAAUGGAAAGCGCCCCUAGUUACGUUUUGAUUUUUGUUCUGCGCCUGAUUGGUCGGGAAAGAGGCGUACAGUGUUUGUUACCAUUGGUCAGACCAGGAGCAGGUGCAAUUUGAACCAAUGACUGAACUUUGGAAAACAAACAAAGAAAUGAAGAUUAAUAACGCAUGCAGGAAUUGCCUUCCACUCCUUUAUCGUAAGCCGAUCAUCCCCUAAAAUGGAGUUAUACUCACAUUAUUCGUUUUCUGAUUAUCUCAGAUUUAGUGGCCACAAGCUUGUUCACCUUGAUCUCGGAGGAGCACCUCCAAAGAUCACUUACUUACUACAGUUACUGCCGUACUUUGUUCACUGGGGUGCCACAGGACUCCUUAUCGAGUAUGCUGAUACGUUCCCGUAUUGUGGAGAGCUCCAGGUGAUUCAAGGACCUGACGCGUACAGCCAAGAGGAGAUUGCCUUUCUGGUUAGGGAAGCUCAGUAUCAUAACCUUACAGUAAUACCACUUGUGCAGACAUUCGGCCAUCUUGAGUUUGUCUUGAAGCACAAUAAGUUCGCACAUCUUCGUGAAACAACAAAAUACACCAACUCCGUUUGUCCAAAGAAUCCAGAGUCAAUGAUAUUAGUUAAAGAGAUGAUCGACCAAGUAGCACAGUUACAUCCUGGGAUUAAAUGGUUUCAUGUCGGAGCUGACGAGGUGUGGAAUUUGAAGACUUGUCGGACAUGCACCGAGGAUCAACGAAACAAAAGCAUGAUAUUCUUGGAACACAUGAUUCCUGUUCUCCACCAUGUUCGCAGUAAGGGCGUCACUCCCAUAAUGUGGGAUGACAUGAUGAGGGAAUGGACCAUAGACUUUCUCAAGGAGGUCGGAAAGUUGGCGGAGCCGAUGAUUUGGUAUUACAGGACCGACCUGAGAAGACAUUUUCCUAGAGAAAUGUAUCAAAGAUAUUUUGAAGCGUUCCCUAAGGUAUGGACUGCCAGUGCGUUUAAAGUUUAUCUAUCCUCAGGCGCCACUGGACCAAGUUCUGAUUUUGUGACGAUAUCUAAACACGUUUCAAAUAAUCUACAGUGGGUGGAGAUUAUGUCCAAGAUCCCCGAGAGAAGUCAAGUACUAGGUAUUGCGCUAACAGGAUGGAGUAGAUAUGAUCACUAUGGCACUCUGUGUGAGUUAUUACCAGCGGGAAUUCCCUCACUUGUAUUCUGUUUAAAGGCUAUUGAUGAAGGUUAGUUUGCCCCCAUAUCCGUACAUCAUUCAAAACUUCUUUUCACAUC